AUGUCCCCAUAUCAACUGGUAUACGGUAAGGCCUGUCACUUGCCAUUAGAGCUGGAGCACAAGGCCUCAUGGGCUCUUAAAACACUGAACCUAGAUAGCACCGCUGCUAGUGAAAAGAGGGUUUUGCAGCUUCAAGAAAUGGAAGAGUUUAGGUCUCAAGCCUAUGAAAAGAAAAAAGCAAAAAAGAGACAUGAUCUUAACCUGGCAGCAAGAAGUUUUAAAGAAGGGCAAUAUGUGCUUAUUUACAACUCCAGACUGAAACUCUUUCCUGAGAAACUCAAAUCAAAAUGGUCGGGGCCCUUUAUAGUCACAAAAGUCUCACCUUAUGGACACAUAGAAAUCAUGGAAGAAGGCUCAAAGAGGAGAUUCACUGUGAAUGGACAAAGACUUAAACACUAUUUGGGCAGCAUGGGGGAAACCCCCAAACAGAAGUACCUCAACUAA